UCAGCUCUCAUUGGCUUUUAAGAUCUGCUCUUGAACACCUCAGUGUGCAAAUAACUUCCUCCUCCAUCACCACCACCUUUCUGCACCGAAAUAGUGACUGACUCUCCGAUUUUAUCUCAGAAAAUGAGGCUUUUCGGUUGGAUGCAAGAUAAGCUUAAUGGGAAGCAGGGGAACAAGAAACCAAAUACAGCUUCAACUAGUACCCAUCAUGCAAAACCAGAGCCUCGUGAAGAAUUCAGUGACUGGCCUCAUAGUUUACUAGCAAUCGGAACUUUUGGAAACAACAAUUUGAAAGAGAGUGGUCAAUAUCAAAGCCAAAAUGUUCAGGAAGAACCAUCUUCAUCAGACGAAAUACUAGAAAAUUUCACUCCUGAAGAAGUUGGUAAAUUACAUAAAGAGUUAAUAAAACUCUUGACAAGGAAACCAGACAUCGAGAAGGAAAUUGCAGCUCUUCCAUUGGACAGAUUUCUAAAUUGUCCAUCAAGCUUGGAGGUUGAUAGGAGAACAAGCAACGCGCUUUGCUCCGAUUCAGAUGAACACAAAGAUGAAGACAUUGAGAAAACCAUCAGUGUUAUACUAGGGAGAUGCAAAGACAUUUGUGCAGAUAGUAACAAGAAAGCGAUUGGAAAGAAAUCAAUUUCUUUUCUUCUCAAGAAGAUGUUUGUUUGUAGAAGUGGGUUUGCACCAGCACCAAGCUUGAGAGAUACAUUUCAAGAAUCAAGAAUGGAGAAGUUUUUGAGGCUAAUGCUUAACAAAAAGAUCAUCAAUCCGCAAAGUUCUUCUCGAGCGUCAUCAAUGAAGAAAUACCUGGAGGAUACAAGACAAAAUCCAAACAAGAAGGGAAUUAAUAAUGAAGAAGAUAAAAAGGAGAAAAUCAAUGAUGGAUGUAAAUGGGUGAAGACUGACUCUGAAUGUAAGUGCAAUCUGAACUUUGUAAUAACAGGAUUGACUACAGUUCUAAAUUGCUCAGAUUACUGAUGGGAGCUACCUGUUUUUGUUAUUGCAGAUAUAGUCCUA